GAAUGUAGCCCUUCUUCGAAACUUUUCAACCAAUCACAGAAUGCCGAUGGCGGACAAGAAGCGCGCAUCGAGUUCGCCUCCUCGUGUCGGCAAGGCACUGGACCACCAACCUUCCAAGCGAAAACGAACCGACACAUGUCCAGUCAAGAAACCCGCAGCUCUCCCUGAUGCAGAGGUAGAGCUUUUACGUGCUUUAGAGGAAGAAAUAUUGAAAGAAGAAGAAAAGAUCAAACUCGACAAGAACAAGAAGUUCCCGCCCGAAGAAGAAGAUGACGACUAUGAUGAAUCAGAUGACGAAUAAAAAAACGAUUAAUAUGUGGUAGGACCCUUCUUAAGCUCCUCAUUGAGCCAACCACACAUCGCACGGACGCUGUCUCGGUCUUGGGCACAACACUCAACGACAUUCGUGAAGAGUGAGGACACAGCCGAGGAAUUAGCAGCAGUUGAAGCGCUAUUACGCCUCCCUUGAUUACUUGCGGGUCCCAGCUCAGCAGCCACAGCAGCAGGGGCUGCAAAGAAUAGGGACUUUGAUUUAGACGACGCGGCUGCAGUUGAAGCUCCCACGUUAACGGGAUGACGUCGUUGAUCCAUUUUCAGCUCAUAGUCGACACAUUUCCGGAGCUCUCGACGGGCUUCACGUAUCAUAGCACGUUGCUGUUGUUUGUGUUUGUUAAGAAGUUGCUGGUACUCUUUGGAUUCCGGUUCUUCUGGGGUUUCAGACGGUAGUGAAGGUAAAAAUUGGUCGAUUUUGUUGAAUACGAGGAAAAUUUGUGUAUUCGCCAGGAA